GCGUAGUAAUAUUUUGCAAUAAAUUUAAUUUGUAAUCGCCUGCAAUGCUAUGGUAGACAAAAUGCCUACCAAGUCACGAAAGUUCGACGAUCUCUUUAAGAUCAUCAGGAAAUCAGCCCAAAUAAUCGGAACGCACCCAAAAUGUGAACGCAACAAGAUCUGGAAAGCGAAGGUAGUCAUAGGGAACGUGUUCGUAUUUCUGAGCUUCAUGUUCAUUCUGAAUUCCGUGGUCGUCCACGAUUUUCCCGCCAAGAACUACGACGAAGUAAUCAAGAACGGGAUAAUGCUCACCGUGGCGCUCAUGACUUUCACAAAGUAUAACAUCCUCAUCUAUCACCGGAAAUCGUUCGGCGAGUUGAUAGAUACCAUGGAUCAGGACGUCAUCGACGCCGAAAAUUUCCCGCCCGACGAGAAGGAGAUCGUAGACGCUUACAUACAAAAGAAAAUCGGCGUGAGCCGGCUGUGGUUCGUCUGCGCGACGAUCACCUGCUCGGCCUUCCCCGUCAAAUCCUUCACGCUCAUGUUCUACUACGCGAUAAGGAAAAACUUUAAAUUCAUUCCAAUUUUUGACUUCCAUUUGCCUACGAUCCUCAACAACUCGAAAGGGACUCCCUCCGUAUUUGCGCUCAUGCAGAGCGUAGAAAUCGGUUUCGAUACCUGUGCUCUUAUAUCUUGUCUCGGCUUCGAUGCCCUCGCGCCGAUCUUUAUGCUGCACUGCUGCGCCGAGCUGGACCUCCUGAGACACAGGUUAAUAAAAGCGUUCACUACCGAAACCGACCCACGAAAAAUAUUAGAAGUUCUUAGGAGAAUCAACGUAAGGCUUCAAGCUACGUACAGGUUUAUAGCUAUCAUACAGAAAAUUUUCAUGAUUCUGUAUGAAAUUUUGAUGAAAAUCACGGUAUUGAUGGUUUCUUUCUCUGCGUUCCAGGUAGUAAAGGCUCUCAGUAAAAAGGAGACCCCCUUGGAGUUUACAUUCUUUUUCUUUGCAACGGGAUCACAAUUUCUUUUGCCCAGUUAUUAUAGCGAUCUUCUCAUGGACACAGGCGAGGAAUUUCGGAUGUCUAUAUACACUUGCGGGUGGGAGAUGAACCCGGACAUCAAAAUUCGCAAGACAAUUCAGUUCAUGCUCACGAGAACGAUUCGGCCCAUCGUCUUGAAGACCCUUUUCGUGCCUGUAUGUCUGGAUACAUUCGCUGAAGUUUGUCGACAAUGCUACACUAUUUAUAAUAUUCUAAUGGCUGUCGAAUAA